UAUGCAUUCUUCAUUCUUCUCCUUCCCUGAAUUCCUUUGGUUCAUGACAUUUUCACAUAAGAAAAAAAGUUUGUUUUUUUUUUCUUAUUUUUAAUUGUAGUUUUGUCAAGUUCAACGUCAGAGACAAGGGAACUAAAGCUGGUAUUGGGCCAUGGCAAUCCACAUUCCACACCAACCCUUUUAUUCUCUUUUCUGACCCUUCUCUCUCUCCUUUUCUUCUUUCUUACUUCUACUCUAAAACUCAUAUCAUUUUGCUACACACAUAACUUGUUUGGCCAGUUCAGAAAAAAAAAGGAAGGGUCCUCCUUUCAACACUUUCCACUUUCUUCUAGUCUGGAAUAUGCUAAUGACUUGUAUUUAUAAAAAUACUCCCAGGAGUAUGUUGAUCUGAGACAAGUUAUCAUACAUCAAGAAUGGGUUCAGGCGAUUGGUUUAAGACAUUAAUUUCAAGAAAAUCAAAAGAAAGAAAACCCAAGAAAGGAAAGAGACAGGGUACUUUAGCUUCAGUGAAAUUAAGUGCACUGAACUCAAAUGAUUGUACAAGAAGAGACUCUAGUGACUUAGCAAAUGGUGCUAAAGCUGAAAAUAUUGGGUCAGUUGAAACUAUUGCUGCAACAAGAAUCCAGACUGCAUUCCGGGCUCAUAAGGCUAGAAAGGCUCUUCGCCGCUUGAAAGGGAUCACAAAACUGCAGAUUGUAACACAAAGUUACUCGGUUAAAAAGCAAGCCAAUACUGCUAUAACUUACCUUCAUUCAUGGAGCAAGAUACAGACUGAGAUUAGAGCUCGAAGAAUCUGUAUGGUGACUGAAGACAGGAUCAGGCGGAAGAAACUAGAAAAUCAGCUUAAACUUGAGGCAAAGCUGCAUGAUCUGGAGGUUGAAUGGUGUAGUGGUUCUGAAACCAUGGAGGAGGUUGUUGGAAGGAUACAUCAGAGAGAAGAAGCAGCUGUUAAGCGUGAAAGAGCUAUGGCAUAUGCCUUUUCUCAUCAGUGGAGGGCCAACUGUAGUCAGAGCCAAGGGCUAGGAAGCUGUGAACUUGGUAAAGCUAAUUGGGGUUGGAGCUGGAAGGCACGCUGGAUCGCUGCUCGGCCGUGGGAAAGCCGUGUUGCCACCAUGUCCAGUGAUGCAAAGAAAGCUCAGAAUAAGAAGGAUAAGAAGACAUCACCACCAAAACCACCUGUUUUGGCAAAACCAGCUUCCACCAAUCCAAAAGGGACCCCUCCUUUGGCAAAUGCUAAAGGGUCUGCAAAAGCUAGGAGAUUGUCAUACCCAACAACAGAAAAAACUGUAACUGUGGUGCAGAAAAGUGCAGUGAGUUCUCACUAGUGGUUGCUAAGGCAAAGCGUGCAAGCUCUAAGUAUCAAGCCUAUUGAAAUUGAGCUGUUUAAAAUUGAGUUCAAUUUGUUGAAGUGCAUUAAGUGAAAGUAAAAAAAGCUAUGUUAUUUAUUCAUUGGAUUGCUUCAAUUUGUGCAUAUGAAAAAGUGACAAAUUCAGAACAAUAUGGAGAAUAAGUUAAUGGACCAGCAUUUGGGUGUGGUUUGUUGAUUGCUUUUCCUUUUGUUUAUCUUUCUCAGUCUUGUAUAUUCAACCAAGAGACAGAUUGUAGAUAGGAACAGUAUCUGAUAUUCCCCCAUCUGCUGUUGUAAUAUAAAAAUUUUAAGAUGGGACCAUUGUUAGUUUGGUUUAUUAUUACCAUUUUCAGAUGUGCUUAUCUUACAUGUUGGUUCCAUUUUUGUGAUACACAGUGUUAUAUUAUGUUACAUGCCA